AUGACUACUGAGCUGACUCCAAGGCAGCUGAAGCAAUUAGAGAAACAAAAUAGACGCAAAAAAUAUGCAGAUUUAGCCAUCCAAGGUACAAAUAACUCGUCCAUUGCCUCUAAGAGAUCCGUCGAGGUCCUAUAUCUAUCCAAAUUAAGCGAGAAUGACAGAAGCACUCAAGCAAAUGAGUAUUUCAAAUAUUUUGUGAAAAAAACACCUAAACGCUCUCCUUGCAUUAACCGCGGUUAUUGGUUGAGAUUACAUGCAAUACGAUCAAGAUUAGACUCAAUUGUUGAAGCAACGCAAAAGAAAAUUGUUGUAGUGAAUUUAGGAUGCGGGUUUGAUCCUUUGCCUUUCCAACUCCUUGACCCAAAUAAUGAGGCAAGCCGCAAAUACUCUGGAAGAGUUCGGUUCUUAGACUUGGAUUAUCCAGACCUUAUCAGUAAAAAAGUGCAAAUUAUAAAGCAAAAUGAUGAGCUCACCAACAUUCUUGGUCCAGAGUGUGACGAGCUUUCUGAUGCCGUGAAGUUCGGUACUGUGAAUUAUAUCGCCGCGCCUUGCAACCUCAACUACUUAGAAACUUUCAAAAAGGACAUCGUUCCUUUCGGCUUGGAUGACCCAGAACUCAUCAAAGUAUUUGUUGCCGAGGUUUCCCUGGCUUAUAUGAAACCUGAGCGUGCUGACGAUAUUAUAAAGCUAUGUGGUGAGCUACCUAACUCCCACUUUCUAAUGCUUGAACAACUCAUUCCAGAAGGCGAAAAUGAACCGUUCUCUAAGCAGAUGUUGAAGCAUUUUCGAAAGAAUGAUUCUCCGCUGCUCAGUGUCCUUCAGUAUAAAACAUUACAGUCACAGAGAGAACGAUUUAGCAAAUUGGGCUUUCCAAACAUAAAUGCAGGCGAUAUGUUCAAACUUUGGGAAUCAGUCGAUGUAGAGCAAAGGCUGAAAGUGAAAUAUUUGGAGCUUUUUGAUGAAUUAGAGGAGUUCCACCUCUUUUGUCACCAUUACAUCAUAUGCCACGCUACUAAUGAUACCGGUUUCGCUUUCGAUGGCACUUACAAGUUCACUCCCUCAAAGUCUAUUCGCUCUUUGGAGAUUCUAACUGAAGCAAAGUUUCAGAUAUUAGAAUCCUCAUUAGCAAGGAAGUUUGGUGCUGCUGCUCAGGACAAAUUAGUUUUGUAUUUUGGAGGCAGUAGUCCAGCUAGACUGAAUGAACUAAUCGAAGUAGAUGUUGACACGGGAAAUUACAUACCAUUGGACACUGGCGAAGCUCCACCCGUAAGGAUGUGCCAUACUUUAACAAGUCUAGGCAGCAGCCAAGAAUUCAUGAUGAUCGGCGGGAGACAAAGUCCCAAAGACGGGUAUACUGAUACGUGGGUGUUUAAUAUGGGCUCCAAUCUCUGGAGGCAAGGGCCUUCGCUUCCCGAAUCAAGAUAUAGACACGCCGCCUGUCUCAUUGAGAACCAAAUUCUUGUGUUUGGAGGGUCUACAACAGGAAGUCCAUUUUUGACUUACGAUCCAGUCCAACAGACUUUCGAAACUCCUGACCACAAUCUUGAUCUUGACCGACCUUUGAUAUCGGCUGCAAUGGAUUACAACCACGAAGCUCAGGUUGGAGUUAUAGUCGGAGGGUCUUUUGAUGAGACCUUGGUGUCAGAUGCCCUCUACACCUUUUCCUACAACGGCAAUACCGUUAAGAUCAAAAAUAGCUUAAAACAUCCUCUAUUGCAAAGGUAUGGUGCCAAAGUGAAGUUCAUAAACAACCAUACACUUAUGUUGGUAGGUGGAACCAGUCCAGAAAUGCUGUUCGGCCAAGAAACUAGCAUCGUAAUCAUCGACAUAAAGAGCGGUAAAAUAUGUGGGCUCAAGAUUCAUCCUGAUAUAUGGGAUGAUCAUCCUUUGUUCUUAGUUGGGUUUGAACUGGUCCAAAUCAGCCUCGAUGAGUUCCUAGUAAUUGGUGGAGGGGCCACCUGCUACGGGUUUGGUGCUGUAGCCAAUAAGAGUUUCAAAAUUAGCAUAUCAAAUAUUCUCAAUGGUCUUGAUUAG